AGACAGACGCAAAAAAUAGAAACGCGAAAACCCCCCCAAAUCGGUGGAAUCAGCGUUUGAAGAUAUUUUUCGCCGCUGUAAUCUGGAUAACUGAAACCACCACCACACUACUGGCUCUUCUUCGUGUGUUCAUGGUCAUUCAUCGCAAACCCUAGAUCGGAAAUACUCGCCGUAAAAACUUUUGACUGCUGAAACUCAGUUUGGGUGAAUCCUAGGGUUCUUCUUAUUGAUGAAGAACUCAAGUGUAUUGACACCGUUAAACCUCACCGUGAUGUUUCCAUUUCACUCAACGGAAUCGAACAAGCUGAUCCAAUAAUCUCCCGAUUCGGUAGCAGGGGAGGUUAGAUCUUUGCCGAAUCGUGAACUCGAGAUCCAUCGUGAUUACUUGAACCAGAGCUAUUAUUUUUAAGAUGCAUGGUAGUAGACAACGCAGUUUCGGGAAUGGCUAUAGAUCUGGCUCUCGAAUUUCACCUGAACGUCCUAUGAGAGGACGUGGCUUCUAUGCCUCGGACCACCACCAGCAGCACCGUGGGUUUAACCGUGGAUACGGACGAGGGAGAGGACGUUCUAAAUCGUAUCAGAAUCAGCUUCCUCCUCCUCCUCUCCCUCCUCCACCUGUUCAACGCCGAAGUGGUGGUGGUGGCGGCGGGGACGUUUUCAUGGAGGCAGGUCGUUUAGCAGCAGAGUACUUGGUUACUCAGGGUGUUUUACCAGAAACUGCUCUUUCCAGCAAGGGGCAGAAUGGUAAUUUCAGGAAGUUUCAGAGUUCUAAAGAAGCAGCAGCUCCUGGUGGAGAUAGAAGGAGGUUUGUUGAUGGUUAUAACUCAGCUGGAUCCAGAAGGAGGUCUAACCGUUACGACUCGGAUUUUGACAGGAGCGGGUCUUGGUCUGAGAGGAGUAAAGCUUAUGAAGACUCUGUGUCUGAGCAUCGAGAGGAGCAGCCACUUGCGGAAGAUAUUGCUAGCUCCGUUCAGAGGUCAACAACCUCUGGUGAGUUUAUGAGGAAGCGUGAAGGAGCUGGUGAUUCCGAGUCUGUGUUGGACAAGUACAGUCUCCAGGAUGAGGCGCAGAGUAAGACAGGUUCCUCCAGUGCUGGGAAAGAAGUUGUGCAUGAUUGUGAAAUCUCGAAAGUGUCGGAAGGUUCUUCUAGCUUGAGUGCUGGUUCCGGGGAGAUUAAGGGUAGGACUGGUGGAGAAAAUGAGAGGCAGACUGAUAUGGAAGAUGCGCCGGUUCUUCAACAUUGUGAGGAUGCAUCUAUUAAUGACCAUUGUGGUGGUGAUGAAUCAUUCACGGAGAGUGGUAUUGAUUUGGCAACACUGUGUAAGUUUGAGAAGGUGCCUACGAGGACACGCUCUUCCCUGACUGCUAAAGGCCCCAAGCUUUCUUUGAGUCAAAAUAACAAAGAAACCUCUCAUGUUCUUGGACUUCUAGAAGAACACCAAACCGAAAAGCAAUCUGAGACUCAAGGCCAGUCAUCUGGAUUUGUUAACGACCAUGUUGAAGAUUUGCCUCUUGUUCAAUUUGUUGAGAACAGUAAAUGCAACAGGUCUAACUCUUUCCCCAAUAGCAUUCUCAGGGAAAGUAGUGAGAAAGAAGCAGGACUAGACUUGCCUAGCAUCCACAGAUCACAUUCGUUGGGGAAAGGAGGCGAGAAACGGGCUGCUGAAGACAGUGGCAUGGAGGAAGGAGCAAAACGACAGAGAAACUGGGUCCCUGUGCCAGCUUCUGAAACCAAUGAACACUUCAACGUAUUGAAAACAAGCGAACUCCAAUGUGGUCCUGAAGGAAAUGAGAAGACAAGCUCGUUCAGCAGGAGACUGAUUGACUUGGGUCCCGGGUAUGCAGAAGAGCAUCAGCUAUUUCCUGCUUCGUUUAAGAUCUGUGACCUAAACCUAGGGGGAGGAUCGGAUGGUGCGAAUGAUGGCAAAAGGGAAUCUAGCCAACCUGUUGGUUUUGAUCUCUCAAUGAGCAGUUCUAGCAAGUCUCUUGACUUCAGUACUAGUACUCGGGUGAGCAAUGGUAAAGAGAUAGAAGUGAUUGAUCUGGACAAUGAUGAUACUCCUGAUGUGGUCAAGUCCAGCAACAAUCCCGGGAGAAAACAAGAAGCUGGGGCAUAUAUGGGCAUCAAUGACGUUCCAGACUACAAUGAAGGGCUCAUGAUGGUAGAGUAUCUUGAUUCAUUCGGAAACAUUCCUGCAAUAAACCCAGGAAUCAGUACUAGUGUGCCACAGAAUAACGAUGUUGUCGUUCAAGACAGAGAGGGAGCUCUUGGAAAUGACCAAGCACCAAAUAAUACAGACGACGAUUCCAUAUUCAUGUCGCUCGGAGAAAUACCUUUGACAUUUUUGCAAACUUGGGACCAACCUCCAGCUCGAGGCUACGAGAAGCCUUUCUGAUACGCCCUUCUUUCUUCUACUAGUAUUACUAUUAAGCCGCUGUCUGUGUAGCCAUCUCGUUUGGUGCUAAUCCCUCUGAGAUGUAAAAGAUUCAAAAGACUUUUGUGUUUGUGUGUGUGUUUAUGAUUGUACCCUUGUAAUUCUCUGUUUAUUAUUAUUAUCCAUGCGUCUCCCAUGUUUUAGGUA